AUGCCAUCAAGGACUGAGGUUUUUGGCUUAACUGGUUUGGAAGCUUUAUCAGCUGGUCUCCCUGUGCUUGUCAGUAAAAACUCAGGGUUCGGGGAAGCCCUAAAUGAAGUACCAUUUGGUGCAGCGUGUGUGAUUGAUUCAGAAGAUUCCAAGGUAUGGGCUGAAGAGAUCAAGAAAGUCCGGAAGAAAAAAAUAGAGAUGCAGCUUCAGAAGGCUGAUGUACUCCGCACCUCAUACGGAAUGGAAUACCGCUGGGCCAAGCAAACUCAAGCUUUCGUCACCGAGAUGAUCAGCAUUGUUAAUGGUAUGGCUUGCGGAGACAACACUUAACAAUCUUCGUCAGGUUAUUUUAAGUUCUCAGCAAACGUCUUUUGUUUCCUUUUACCUAAAAGGGCGUCAUCUAACUCUGACGGUUGAUCAAGCGAUUCUCUACAUACAAAAAAUGUGGCGAAUAUCUGGUGAUACUGAUGUGAAUUGAACGCAUGGAUUGAUCUAAAUUGACGUUUUUGUUUUGGAGCGGGGGGACUAGGGAGGACCAUGAAAGGGAACAUUUGUUGUUGUUUGUUGUGAAAAGGGUGAUUCCAAGCGACAGAGUGCAGAUUUUCAGGUUUUAAUUUACGUAAGGGAGGUCAUUUCAAUAUUCUGCGAACAGGAUGAUUAAAUGAUAUUUAGUUUGUUAAAAACAAGUAUUGAUAUCUAGAAGCAUGAUUCGAGUGCUGAUUUAUCAUGAUCAGUUCGAAUCCUUACAGGUGAACUGCUAAAAGAGUAACAGGUUUUGCUUGGAGCAAAUCAUUGAAUUAAAACAUGCAGUUAGUUUUUUUUGUUGCUUUCCAGCAGAUGCCUCUGUUGGUGAGGUGAGCGCAGCCCAACAUCAGCUCCAAUCAUCAGGUUUAUCCCUUUCCCAGGUUGCGCAAAAGGAUGAUGAUCAGCACGCAGGUGUAACAUAGCUCAGCAGUGUAGUUUCCUCUCUUAUCAUGAUAAAUUUACCAUGUAUGACUUUCAAAGUUGAAAAUACCGUCCGAAACUGGUGUAAGAGUAUACGUAGAACACGUAAUGAAAUAAUCACAGUCCAGUUUUUACAUUUAAACGAUGAGCGUGUUACACCAUCGUUUCCCUCUUUAAGAGCUAAAUAUACUGUGAUCUUCUGCUUAUAAGCCCUGGGCAUCUACAACUUCGGAAGGGGUUUUAGAAGGGUUUAUAAACGAAGGGGUUUAUAUCCGAGGGGCCUAGAGAAAAAUAUCUUCGAAAUGAGCUAUAGCACUGCUAAUCAAAUACUCAAAAUGUCAUAAUUAAUGAAAUUCAUUGCAAUACAUUUGGAACAGAACUGAAAAUAGUGACACGAAGAAAGCUGGAACAUAACAGAACGGAAGUUUAGACUCUUCCCUUGAAGUUCAUCUUUACUCUCCUAUUAUUAGAAUGGUGAUGUCUAAUUCACAGCAGAGUUCCUAUGUCACAAAACAAGAAAAGAUAGAGGGGUGGAGAGAAGAAAUAGCCAAGUCCAUAUAGGAACAGGGAAAAAAUAAAGGAGAUAUAUUUUAACUAAAUCUUCAUUCCACUAUGAGACUUGCAAGUUAGACUUGCAAACCCAUAAUAAAAAAUAGAUGUUAAGUUGUAAACGUACGAUAAACUGAUGAAAAGUUCUAUUUUAUGUUUAAAACUAUUUCCAUGGGCUCUACCCAAUUUUGGGUAUUUUUAUUUCAAGCAAGGUGUUUGAAACAGGUGCUGUGCCUUAGAAAACUAGAGUGGUAUUGAUACCGAAAUAAAAUGGGGACUUAUUUUACCGAUUUUCUACUCAAAGGCAUAAUAUUCACCACAUGGUAAUUUGUUUCCGCAGAUAUUCAUGAGCCUUGCGAGUUGAUUGAGAGGAUUCGUCAGCUGUACAAAAUACGUGAAGAACGACUGCUGCCAGUCCCUUGGUGCGAAGAUUUCAGUUUUAGUCUGAACGAGAUUUUCACCAGGCUCAGAAUUGUAGGUAAAGAUAAGACUAGAGGAGAAAUGAAGGACGAGAUCACAAACAUGACAGUUAUCUUCAAAACCGAUGAAGAAUGCGAAGAGCCCCAGACUGCACCCCGGUAUGAGAGGCUCAAUUCUUGGCCCUCGGCCGCGCCCCAGACUUCGUCCCAAACUGUGCGCCGGUGUCCGUCCCGAGCUCCGUCCAGAACUGAGUCCCCGACUGCGCGCGGGACUGCGCCCCGGACUGUUUUGAUCCAGGGGGAUCCAGGUAUGGGAAAAACAACCUAUUGUCAGAAGCUGGCGUACAACUGGGCAACUUCACGAGAACACUGGGACGAGUCCUUUCCGAUGAUUGCUCUACUUUUACUGCUAAGGUGCCACGAUAUCAAAUCUAACCUUUGGCAAACAAUUGAUGAGCAACUUCCUGAUGACAUCGCCGAAGGAAGUAAACAAAACCUUUUCAAGUUCAUUCGUGAGAAUCAGUCCAGGGUUUUGUUUGUUUUUUAUGGCUUAGACGAAGCUGACCAUGGUAAAAUAGACCUGUUUAUCAAUCUCACUCAAAGUAAAGUACUCCACAAAUGCCUUUUUGUUUUCACUUGGGAUGAAAUUGAGGCGCUACUGUGACAAUCUGUGGGAGAUUGUGGGAUUCACAGAAGGAGACGCCAAAGAUUUUAUUUUCAAGUACUUUAGAAACAUGGAACACUUAGCUGAGAGAAUUUUUGAGGAGAUUAGGUCAAGAUCAGACUUACGCCAACUGACAUCAAAUCCCCUUAACACCACACUAUUAUGCAUUCUUUGUGAAGAUUUUAAAGAAGCCUUUCCAGAGAGCAGAACUCAAUUGUACAUUGAAAUCUUAAAGUGUGUCUUGAGAAGAUAUGAAGAAAAGAAAGGAUUUUCCAGCAACAAUGAAGAUUUAAUUGAAGUUUACUAA